UUCGCCUCUCCAAUUCCACCGUACCAGCAGCCUAGCAGAACUGAAAAGAAUAGCCCCACAACAUGUACGCGGCGGCGUACAUAGCAUACUGCAGCAUAAAGGUUGAACUUUGAAGACUUUCCUCUCAUCUUGACGCAUUGGAGUUAAUCUCCAUAGGCUAAAAGUCUUGUAGAUCUUCAUUUUCCUGUCAUCAUCUGUGGAGCAAAAGAGGAUCACCCUAGCAGCAGCAGCAUUGGUCAACGUUUGUUCACUGUUCGAGGCAUUGUUCUCACAAUGGCGGGAGCCCAACAGGUGUUUGAGACGCCAUCCCAGUCCUCGCGCUUUGUCUACACGUCUGACCGCCAUCCGCGUGAAACACUGGAGAUGAUCAACAUCUUGCGUCGACAGCGGGAGCUCUGUGACGUGGUCAUUGUUGUCAAUGAGAAUAAGAUCUACGCCCACCGGAUCAUCCUGUCGGCCUGCAGUCCAUACUUCAGGGCCAUGUUCACUGGGGAGUUGGCAGAGAGCCGGCAGACCGAGGUCACUAUACGGGACAUUGAUGAGCGGGCCAUGGACCAGUUGAUUGACUUUGCUUACACGUCCACCAUAACAGUGGAGGAGAGCAAUGUACAGACGCUGCUGCCUGCUGCCUGCUUGCUGCAACUCUCAGAAAUCCAGGAAGCCUGCUGUGAGUUCCUGAAACGGCAGUUGGACCCUUCGAAUUGUCUUGGUAUCCGGGCAUUUGCUGAUACACAUGCCUGCCGCGAUUUACUCAGAGUGGCUGAUAAAUUCACACAACAGAAUUUCCUACAGGUCAUGGAGAGUGAGGAGUUUAUGCUACUUCCAGUCAACCAACUGAUGGAAAUCACUGGCAGCGAUGAGCUAAAUGUACGUAGUGAAGAACAGGUGUACAACUCAGUCAUAUCCUGGGUCAAAUACAACAUCCCUGAGAGGAGAGGUGAACUAGCAAAGGUGUUACAGCAUGUCCGACUUCCCCUCUUGAACCCCAAGUUCCUGGUGGGUACGGUCAGCACGGAUCUGCUGAUCCGUAGCGAUGAGGCCUGCCGGGAUCUGGUAGAUGAGGCCAAGAACUACCUGCUGUUGCCCCAGGAGAGACCCCUGAUGCAAGGGCCUCGGACAAGGCCCAGGAAGCCCAUCCGCUGCGGGGAGGUGCUUUUUGCAGUUGGUGGCUGGUGCAGUGGUGAUGCCAUCUCCAGUGUGGAGCGGUUUGAUCCACAGAGCAUAGAGUGGCGGAUGGUAGCACCAAUGAGCAAACGACGAUGUGGGGUGGGCGUGGCUGUCCUUGACGACCUCCUCUAUGCAGUGGGAGGUCAUGAUGGGUCUUCCUACCUCAAUAGCAUUGAGAGAUAUGACCCUCAGACAAACCAGUGGAGUAGUGAUGUUGCACCAACCAGCACAUGUAGAACGAGUGUUGGCGUGGCUGUCUUAGAUGGUUACAUGUAUGCAGUAGGUGGGCAGGAUGGGGUGUCAUGUCUCAACAUAGUAGAAAGAUACGAGCCUCAUGCCAAUCGUUGGACCCGUGUUGCAUCCAUGAGCACACGAAGGCUGGGUGUUGCCGUGGCUGUUCUCGGGGGUUUCCUGUAUGCUGUAGGGGGUUCGGACGGCACAUCACCCCUCAACACAGUUGAACGCUACGAUCCUCGCUCCAACAAGUGGACCCCGGUGGCGCCCAUGGGCACACGACGGAAGCACCUGGGUUGCGCUGUCUAUAAUGACAUGUUGUUUGCUGUUGGGGGGAGGGAUGACCAGACUGAGUUGAGUAGCGCUGAGCGGUAUGAUUCAACCACAAAUACCUGGAAGCCAAUCGUUGCUAUGAACUCAAGACGAAGUGGGGUGGGGUUGUCUGUAGUCAAUGGCCAACUCAUGGCUGUGGGCGGCUUUGAUGGCACAACGUAUCUGAAGACUGUGGAAAUCUAUGACCCAGAGACAAAAUCAUGGCGGAUGUGUGGUAACAUGAACUACAGGAGACUUGGGGGUGGAGUGGGCGUUGUCAAACUCCCUCAGUCAGAAUCCAACGUGUGGUGAAGGACACUUUUUGCAGAGCUUUAUCCCUUGCUCCUCCUUCGCCUAGCUGUUGAUGGCUACACCACAGGUGCAAUUUACCACAUUGACAAUGAGAGGAAACACAGCCCAGACUUGGAGACUUUUCCUGUCUCACCCACCCAUCCACCCAUCCAUGUUUGUUGUUUUAUUAGUUGCUCAAGCUGAAAUUGUGUAUUUAACCACUUCCUGCCGGGGAACCCCGUUCGAUCACCAUGGGUUUAUAUGCAGACCCCGGGUGCUUGAAAU